AUGAAAGACCCGCCAUCUGAUAAUAAUCUUGUUUUAUCCAAAACACAUCCAACUCGACCUUAUGCAUGUAUGACCUGCCCAAGAGCCUUUGCUCGAAAACAUGAUUUACAUCGCCAUAUCAGGGUGCACACUGGCGCCAAACCCUAUGUCUGUUUAUCUUGCAAGAAAGCCUUUGCCCGCACCGAUGCCUUGAAACGUCAUUUACGUAUGGAAGAAUCUUGUCGUCUUAGUCCCGAAAUUCAGGCUAUGAAAGGUCUUGGUCAACGACGUUAUCGAAAUCUAUGA